AGUCGCAGCUACGAAUGAGCGACUAGCACCAGAAACAAAACACGCUGUCACUGCGUGCGAGUCAAGGGUUGAUUUUCAGAUCAACCCCGCCCACCCCGGUUCUGAGCAGUUAUGACGCUUCUGUUGUCCCCAUUACUGGCCGAUCCGUAACCCGAGUGUGCAAGUUAGUCGGUUCGGCUAAGUCGUGGCGCUUUUCUUUCUUGUUGUCCUCCAGUUGCACUUGCAAACAUGUCGCUUAGCGAGUCUCUCGGGGGACUGCUGCCGUACUGUUCGCUGCUGCACUCACUCGUACUGAUUUGCCUGGUCGCCGUCGUCUACAAGCUCGCCGUGCUCCUCAUUCAAAGGAGGGAUGCUUUGCGGAACUUCGAGGCGUUCACCGGACCGCCGGGGAACUGGUUCUUUGGGCAUGUCCUGCAAUUCAAACAAGAUGGGACGGACUUGGACAAGAUGGUCAAAUGGGGCGAGCAGUACCCCUACGCGUUCCCCCUGUGGUUCGGCCCUUGCGUCUGUUUCAUAAACAUCCACCAUCCAGAUUACGUGAAAAGUAUCGUGACGUCAACAGAACCAAAAGAUGAUUUUGCAUAUAAAUUCCUCAAGAGCUGGAUUGGCGACGGCUUGCUGGUGUCCGACGGUCAGAAAUGGUUCCGCCACAGAAGGCUCCUAACGCCGGGUUUCCAUUACGACGUGCUGAAAUCGUACACCAAACUGAUGUUGGAAUCGGUUCAAAUCAUGUUGGUCAAAUGGGAGCAGUACGUGAGCAGCGGCGAGCCUUUUGAGCUGUUUGAACACGUUAGCCUGAUGACGCUGGACACCAUCAUGAAGUGCGCAUUCAGCUACGACAGCAAGUGUCAGACCGAGAGCCGAACAAACGAGUACAUUAAAUCAGUGUACGAGCUGACUGAUUUGGUCAACCUCCGCUUCCGGACCUUCCCGUACCACAACGACCUUAUCUUCUAUCUCAGCCCGCACGGCUUCAGGCAUAGGAGGGCUUGCAAGGUGGCUCACAGUCACACCGAGGAAGUCAUCCGCAAGAGGAAAAAAGCCCUGGAGAAAGAGAAGGAUUCUGAACGUGUCCAGGGAAGAAGGACCUUGGACUUUUUGGACAUUCUUCUCUUAGCAAGAGACGAGAAUCAGCAGGGGCUUUCGGACGAAGACAUCCGGGCCGAGGUGGACACCUUCAUGUUUGAGGGCCACGACACCACCGCCAGCGCCAUCUCCUUCAUUCUCCACACGCUGGCCUGUCACCCGAAACACCAGAACAAGUGCCGCCAGGAGAUCACCCGGGUCCUGGACGGCAAAGACGCCUUGCAAUGGGAGGAUCUGACCAAAAUGCCCUACACCACCAUGUGCAUCAAAGAAUCGAUGCGGCUCUUCCCGCCGGUGCCGGGAAUAGCUCGAAAACUCACCAAAGCCAUCACCUUCGUAGAUGGACGGACCAUGCCGGCAGGUUCUCUCAUUGGGACAAGUGUGUAUGCGCUCCACAGGAAUGCCACAGUCUGGGAAAACCCAAAUGUAGGUCAUGCUCCAGCAGGAGGUGACACCCGAGCCUCAUUUUGCAAGUCGGGGCAGAAAAUAAAGUUCUGCUGUUUUGAACAGAAUUGGGACCUUUGGCGAAGCUUUCCAAACGUUUGUCAUAUUAUGUCAUACAUAUCAUCGCAGGUGUUUAACCCACUUCGCUUCUUGCCGGAGAAUGUUUCCAAAAGGUCGCCGCAUGCUUUCGUGCCCUUCUCUGCCGGGCCCAGGAACUGCAUCGGUCAGAACUUUGCCAUGAACGAGAUGAAAGUGGCGGUGGCCUCGGUUCUGAGAAGGUACCAGCUGAUCGAGGACCCCGCCAGGAAGCCCAAGAUAAUCCCUCGAUUAGUGCUGCGCUCACUCAACGGCAUCCACAUAAGGAUCAGAGCUCUGGACGCCUGAACACCUUACGUCAACCAUCUUUUAGCCACCGCUAUGAGCGCAACCCCCCCUCACACGUUUUCUCUGUCUUCAUUUCAUUUGGUUUUAAUGAGUAUGAUCGAAGAUCAUUUGUAAUAAAAGCAAAAUGUGAAAACACUAA